GCGACAAACAACCCUUGUGCCAGUUAUUCGGUCGUUGCAAUCCAACAUUCGUUCACCAUUCUCUUCGACUGCGACGCCCGUGUUCGCUUUGAGUUUGUGAUUGACAUUCCGGAGGCCUGGACCUAUCACAUUGAAAGAGACAUUGUCGUCCAAAGUUACUCGACCUCCGAUAGUACCCCGCCGUGUCCGCAUCAGGUCGACUUCGACAACAAAUUUGCUACAUGGUGCCUGGCGACUCAGCAAACUCCAGUACCAUGCUGGCUGACCAUGCAUGCUGACGUGCACAUCUCUCUGUUUUCCAAGGCGACCCGCCAGUGGGCUCGAUGUAUCCGGACAGGCUCAACCCUCAACCAGCAUCAGCAAGGGUUCUACACGGCACAGCAUUUCCGUGGUAGUCCGCUUUUGAGUCUUCCGCACGCACCCGGUGUCCCGUACACCGGGUGGUUUUCUGCCGGCCACGCACAGUUUGCACUUCCGGACAACACAACAUUAUACAGUGGCUCAGCAACAACAGCAAAUUUACAGUCCAAAGGAAGCCCAGCAAUCUCAGACCUGAACAGCACACCGAACAUUGGCUUCUCAAGCCUCAAUCGAACCGCGAUCGCGCCCGAUUCUGGUCAGCACGAGAAUUCAGUUGGUACCCAUUCACAUGAUGCCGCGGCUGAGAACACCAAUGCGCCCGACUUGAAAAGUGUGUCCCCACAGGUUUCGAUCAAUAGGGAUAGUCACUCGCCCAUUCCAGGACCGCCGGCUAAGAGACCGAGGAAACUUCUGCCAGCGACAAACUCAAGUGCUUGAGCACGCGUAGUAAUUUCCAAAGUGGGAAGGAUGUCUUGAGGGUGUCUGUGAGGGUGUCUGUGAGGGUGUCUGUGAGGGUGUCUGUGAGGGUGUCUGUGAGGGUGUCUGUGAGGGUGUCUGUGAGGG